AUGGAAGAUCAAGGGAAAGGGAAAGGGAAAGGGAUAAUGGAAUCUCAAGAUUCAGGAACUGAAUUAACAGCACUUAUUGUAGAUGAUGAUAAGCUUGUUCGAAUGAUUCAUCAAGGUCUAUUGAAAAGAGCUGGUGUGAAAAGUGAAGCUGUAAAAAAUGGUAAAGAAGCUGUAGAUAUCCAUUGCAAUGGUCAAAGAUUUGAUAUUAUUCUCAUGGAUAAGGAAAUGCCUAUCAUGAAUGGGAUUGAGGCAACCAAGAAACUGCGAUCGAUGGGUAUCGGUAGCAUGAUUGUUGGUGUGUCAUCGUGUACUGAAGCAGAAAAACAAGAAUUUAUGGAAGCGGGGAUUAAUGAUUAUCAAGUGAAACCAUUGACCAUUGGUGUGCUUAAUUCCAUUCUUGAUGCUGUAAAAGCUAGCAAGUAG